AACCCCCCCACAGUACGGAGACAAUUAUGCCCUUUGAAAACAACAUUUGAAUGAAAUCCUCAUGGGUAGUCUCGACCUUUCCUGCUUCAAAUAACCACGCGUUCUAGACGCUGCUUUGUUCUCUCCCCGUGAAAUUUCCUUGUAUGAAAAAUCCUAUACCACCUGCGUCUCCCUUUCCCUCUCUCUACUUGUAAAAAACUCAAAAGAAAGGAGAAGGAGAUUCCAGCUGAAGUUGCUCAGAUUCAAUAUUGUUUAUUUCCAGCCCCUAUUCCCUGAACCCUAUAAUAUCAGGGAAAAAACCAGAGAGAAAACGCUGCACCCAGUUUUGAUUUUUAUUUCCUUUUCAACUCUCCCUGUAGUACACGUGGAGAGAAGCCACAUCUAUUAAAGCCAACGCUCAUGUCUCCGUUCAGACAAAAAGCCAAGUAGAUUUCACUUCUUGAGUUUCCAACUUCUUUCCUUCCUUCUUUUUCCCUUUUCAAGUCAAAAGCCGUAACAAUCCCCUUUUUGCUCACAACAUAAUCGACUGUAAAGACUCGGAAAGAUGGAAAAGAAAAGCAAAAGAAUCGUAUCAUUGGUGACGAUGAUGCUCUUGUUCUUUAUAGUAAUGGCUGCUAAUUUUCGAGGUUGCUUCUCUGCUGCCAGUCAAACACCCAUUAAAGGAAAGCCAACCACGCCUGCUAAUGAUCGAGUUGGCUCCUCUGUUUUCUUUCGUGUCACCGGAAAUGUCUAUCCUACUGGGCACUACUCUGUGAUUCUGAACAUAGGCAACCCACCAAAGGCUUUUGACUUGGAUAUUGAUACUGGUAGUGAUCUCACCUGGGUUCAAUGUGAUGCUCCUUGCAAAGGUUGCACUAAGCCUCUUGAUAAACUUUACAAGCCAAAGAACAAUCGUGUGCCUUGUGCAAGUUCCUUGUGCCAGGCCAUCAGCACAGGACAAAACUACAAUUGCGACAUCCCAACUGAGCAGUGUGACUAUGAAGUCCAGUAUGCUGAUCUUGGUUCAUCUCUUGGCGUGCUGCUGUCGGACUACUUCCCGCUACGAUUGAACAACGGCUCUCUUCUCCAACCUAGAAUCGCCUUUGGGUGUGGAUAUGAUCAAAAAUAUCUCGGCCCACACUCACCGCCUGACACAGCUGGGAUUCUUGGCCUUGGCAGAGGGAAAGCAAGCAUUCUUUCGCAGCUACGAAACCUGGGUAUCACGCAAAAUGUGGUCGGCCACUGUUUCAGUAGGGUAACAGGUGGCUUUUUAUUCUUUGGAGAUCACCAUUUUCCGCCUUCGGGAAUCACUUGGACUCCAAUGCGACGCAGUUCCUCAGACACACUAUACUCGUCAGGACCAGCAGAACUACUUUUUGGGGGAAAGCCCACUGGCAUCAAGGGACUACAGCUGAUUUUUGACAGCGGGAGCUCCUAUACGUACUUCAGUGCUCAAGUUUACCAGAGUAUACUUAAUCUGGUGAGGAAGGAUCUUAGUGGAAAGCCAUUAAGAGAUGCACCGGAGGAGAAGGCACUUGCAGUGUGCUGGAAAACUGCUAAACCGAUCAAAUCUAUUCUUGACAUCAAGAGUUUUUUCAAGCCCUUAACCAUAAACUUUAUAAAAGCAAAGAAUGUGCAGCUGCAGUUGGCACCUGAGGACUACCUCAUUAUCACUAAAGAUGGGAAUGUGUGCUUAGGGAUUCUGAACGGCGGUGAGCAAGGCCUGGGAAACCUCAAUGUGAUAGGAGACAUUUUUAUGCAAGACAGGGUGGUGGUUUAUGACAAUGAGAGACAGCAGAUUGGAUGGUUCCCAACAAAUUGCAAUAGACUUCCCAAGUCCUGAACCAUUCUCUAGUAAUAUCUUCAUUUUAUAUGCUUAAUCUUGGAACUCUCACCAUGAUUAUCUUCCUCCUGUUUAUUUAACAGCGUGGAUCGUGAAUAUAAUGAAGGUUUUUUCCAGCCUUAUGCGGCCUACUUUGGUAUCCUAGAGGAGCGUUGUCCUGCAACCUAUGCUUCUGAGAAGACCAAACUUUUCACCAAAAAAUAGAAGGCAAAAAUAACUUAAUGUCAUUAGACAUUGAUACAGACAACAGAGCUUUUGAUAUUCAGUGACGUUUAGCAUAGAUGAUGUAAAUGGGUCUGUCCCACAUAAAUAUACGAGUCCUUGUUCAAUUUC